UUUUCACUUUACAAGUUGCUCUGUAUAGAGCUCAAUAUAAAUCAUCAUGAUUCCUCAGAAGACGAGCCUAUAAAUGCUGAAAUCGACCAUUCAUACGAAGAAUUGGUCAAUAUGAUGAAAAUUCCUUUCUAUUUGGAACGUUUCAUGAUGUUUGGCUUGCUUGUCUGUGUCAAUUCAUUCUUGACGUUGUUCACGUUGGCUCCGCUCAAGAUCCUUGUAGUUGCUUACGCGACAAUAGUAGAUUUGUAUCGUCAUUUCACAAAUCGGAAAAUCCUGGAAAGUGUCAGAUCAAUACUAUCGCGUCGUUUCCUCAUCGUUAAAAAGGAUAUAAUUACCCUAACAAUAGUAUCAUUUUCUAUCGUGGUGCUAUCGUCCAAAAGUCUUGAUAUCUCGCGUAUGUACCACGAAGUCAGAGGUGAGACCCACAUCAAGCUCUAUGUGAUGUUUGGUGUUCUUGAAGUAGCAGAAAAGCUUUGCUCGUCUCUUGGCCAGGAUAUCUUAAACAUCUUGUACAAUAUACCUUUAGAUAGCAAAGGAAGUCAGAUACCGAAGUUUGCGGUCUUCUUUUUGCUUUCCAUCAUCUACUUGUCGUUGCAUGCAUACAUCCUUAUCUCUCAAACUGUGUCACUAAACGUAGCGGCCAACUCAUAUUCUAAUGCCUUGAUGACCCUAUUGCUAUCGAAUCAAUUUUCAGAAUUGAAGAGUUCUGUGUUCAAAAAAUCUGACAGAGAAGGUCUUUUCCAGAUCGCCAUGGCAGACUUGACAGAACGAUUCCAGCUUCUCUUCAUGCUCGGCAUCAUUGCUCUUAGAAAUUUGCUACAGCUAAAUAGCAACCAUAUCGGGCUCAUUCCCAACAGCUGGAAGAGCUGGAAUACUUGGUUCGGAGCCAUUUUUGGUCCUGGGAUUGUAGUCAUAGGUAGCGAAAUCUUGGUAGAUUGGCUCAAGCAUUGCUACAUUUCCAAAUUCAAUAAGGUCAGACCCAGGGUGUAUCGUAACUUCGUGUAUGUGUUGAGUCUCGAUUUCUUGCAAGUCUUCAAGCUUGGACCCAACAACCAGCUCGAAGCUAACGAUUUGACUGACUACAUCGUUUUGACAAGACGUAUUGGGUUGCCCUUGUUAGCAUCGGUAGUUUGUUCGUUGCGAAUGACGAUGUCUGAUCUCAAACGUGUAUUUGUGUUUCCCAUAGUGGCGUCGUAUACGUAUUCUAUUCUUGCUUCAGGGGCCUUGAUUGUAGCGACCUUUUUGACCUUGAUUCUCAUCAGAUUGAUUCUCGGCUUGGUGAUUCUUAAGAUGGCAAGCUCGACAAAAGCAGAACAUAUCGCAUUUCAAGAGGAGCUAAAAAGAAAGGCUAUCGAGAAACAGAACGCGGAAGCAUUGGAAGUCUUUAUUCCGUCAACUCCUUUGGAUACUCCCAUCAAAACACCUGAAGACACUCUAGUAGAAUCCAAAACAAUAUCUGGCGAUAAUAUACCCGAAAUUGAGUCACCCAUUUCAGCCAUAAACUCAAUUUCUUAUUUCCCAGGAAAUCCUAAUAGCGAAGCUUCAUCGAUCAAUCCUAAAACGAGGUCAUACCUCUACGAUUAUGGAGAGGAGGUGCCUCCCACUGUGGAAGAGAAGAGAAACGAAAAACAGCUGCUCAGUCCCAAGAAGGAUCAAGUCGGCGAUAACGAUACGCUCCAUAAUGUCAUGCGCUACAAAAUGUCCAGUAAACGGAUUUGGUAG